UGCACGUGGGUUGGUUUGAAGAAAUCAAAAGUGCAACAAAGUUGUAUUUCUUGAUCUACAUAGAGAUACUUGGCGAAUUUUUCAAUCGUGUUCGUGAGAAAAAUAGGACAAUUCGUGACACUGUGAACAAAUCUUCGUCGAACGGAGAUGUAUUCAAGGACGCUGUUAAUAGUCGCGUGUUUAUGCGUGGCACGCGUUCAUUCGCAGUUCUUCAGUUUCAAAAACUUGAAAGCUUACACGAGGAUCUUUAAGCUGGACGGUCUGCUGGCGAACGAGACCGGUAACGAGCUGUGGAACGGAUUGCUUAGAGACUGUGACCGAUCAGUAACGUUCUCGUGUAUACAGAAAAACGCUUACUCGUAUUUGGACAACGUUUUCGUGGAACGAGAUAACGUGACCGUGUUCGAGGGGCUGACGCUGACGAAAAACAGUCUCGAUUAUGGAACGUGUCGGAAAAAGGAGGAGCAGGACUCGCUGGACGAGAACCUAGUCGGAGGAUCUAGCAAGGAUGACUGCUCGAACGAAGCGGAAAGUGAAGGAACGGAGGGAGAGGAAACGGGUCGACAAUUCGAGGAGGAACGAACACCUUUGGAGGAAGUGACCGAUGCUUUGCGUAAAAGAGCCUUGAAAUUCCUUGCUACCAGAGAUUACGAGAUUCGAUUGCCGGAUUUCUUCUUCGAGGGUGCUGCGAUCAAAAUCAGUCCUCGCGAAGUGGAUGAAAACGGGGCCUUGGUGAGGCUGGAUUUCGGUGAACAGCGUUUACAAAGCGAGGGGAGGAUUUUCUUCAAGAAAAUCAAAAAAUUUAUUCAGAAUAAAUUGAUGACGAGCUUGCUGGCGCUGCUGCUCAUCAUCAAGCUGAUAAAAGUGAAAUUCAUGUUCGUGAUACCAUUCCUGUUCGGCGUGGGCACAGCUAAGAAGCUUUUCCUGAAGCUGUUACUUUUCUUCAUACCCGCGUUCGCGCACAUUUUCAAACUGUGCUCGAGUUAUUACACCACGCACUCUACAAAAUAUCAUCACCAUCAUCAUCAGAUCGCGCAUCAUCAUCACCACGUUCCAGUUCCAGUACCAGUUCCAACUUACUACAACCAUCAUCAUCAUCAUCGCGACGAAGAGGAGUUCGAUGGUUACGACUACGCUCAUCCUCAUAUUCAAUACCGAAAAGACAUGGAAGAGCUGAAAGAGUGGGGCAUCGAACCGUACGAAGAGCCUUACGACCAACAUACCGAACCCGUAGCUGCAGCCAGCAUUCCUGGCCGAGUUCCAGGAGUACUUCCAGCACCUUUUCCAGGACCCGCGUACGCAGGAACGUACGGUGUGCCGCAAUACGCGCCAAACGUUCAACCAGUUGCACCUCCUUAUCAAGAAAAACGUCCCCCCGUGUCGGCUCACAAUUUAGCCUACUCGGCCUAUGCUGACAAUCGUCGAACGGUUGUCCAACAACAGCACGCAGCUCCCGUUGUGAACGUUCCUUUAAACCCUGUUAAUUUACCGUCAACGAUGUUGCCGACAGCUACGAACGUGAAACCUCCUUACACCGUGCUGGGAGCGCAAAAUGUGCGACAGGUGUCUCCGAAGAAUUCGCAAACGGAGACGAAGGUACCUGUCGUCAGACAGAGACAAGGUUACGACGAUGAAUUUUACGGGCCAAUUGUUGGUAGACUCGAGGAGAUCUUUAGGCAAUUGAGAUUCAACGACGAGCCGUGCAGGGAGAGGCUGGUGUGCAGCAUGUACAAGAACCCGACUGUUUACUCGCCACAUAGUAAUCUCGUUUCCAACGAACUCUCCAGAGACCCACAGGAGUUGAAACGAACAGGAACCGAAAGCCCGUCUAGCCAGAAAUUUCACAGAUAUCUGAACGCGGCCAGAUUGGGUCAAGACGGUGGAGACUGCCUAAGAACCUAUCCGUGCCACAUAAAUACCGAGUAA